AUGGAGUCUCAGUCACUAUUUGAUACAGUACAAGAUUAUUUGAAACUAGAAAGAAUAGAAAUGUUUGGCUUAAAAGCGAAGUCACUACUUUCCAUGAUUAAUAAUAUUUACGAAGAGUUUAUUAAAUUGUAUCAACAAUUUGGAGACGUGUCUUAUGAAGUUUUAAUGCCAGAAGAAGAACAAUUCACUGCAGAUUUAAAUGAAUUUUUCGCCUCGAUAGAGCAGUUUGAUCGACGAUUGGCAAGCAUUUUCGACCAAGCAUUUGCUGAAUGUUACAGCCUAGAGUCGUUCUUUAAGUUCGUUUGGAUAAUGGGCGUAACUGCCAACAGACCUAUAAUAAUGGCCCAGUUAUGGCACAAUUAUGAAGAAAUAAUUCAAAGAGUAGAUCAACAUUUCAGUGAUCUUAAGGUGUUAUUCGACAAGAAUUUUAAUUCCGGAAAAGACAACGAGCUUUCGACACUGAAUUCGCAUUUACCUGUAGUGAGUGCAUCCCUGUGUUUUUUAAUGAGACUUCGUAAAAGAACUCUUCUGCCAAUUGAGUGCAUGAAAUUAAUCGACCAUCCUUUAAUUAAUGACAAAAUGGAACACGUACUCAAAGACAAAUACGAAGAACUUGAGGCUAUUAUUGACGAAAAGGAAAAAGAAAUAUUUACCGCUUGGGCGGAGAAAUUGCCAGAAAUUUGGGAAACCCACUUAACGAAAACUCUUUUAAACGUUAGAGAGGAUCAACAGCUGGAAACGAAUUUCGACUUUGCUUUAAAAACUGCCUUGAGAGAGAUUCGUUAUAUGAUAAUUGCGAAGAUUCCCGAUCUUCCUCAAGAAGCCAUAGAUUUUUAUAAUAGAUCGCAAUUCUUCUUCAUCAGCACUUACAAUCUCAAUCUGAUAGUAAAUUGGUCAGUACCAGCGAAGGAAUUUAUAAUUAGGGGCCACAACUGUGACAGUCAAAAUCAGAACAGCCAUGGAAUGACAAUUAUUUUUUCGACUGAAAUGUUUUUGGUUGCGAAUAAUGGUUGUAAAUGA